GAUUUUUGAGAAAUGGCGGCGCCGGGCACCAUGAUGCAGCUGAUGCGCCGCGUGGCGGCGACUCCGGCCGCGGCUGCUACCAGCAUGGCCAUGAACCAAGCUCGCAGCGCGCCGAUGGUGGUCGUUCGCUUGGCUUCAAGCCAUGUGCAUGAAAUGACCACCCUGAAGCUUGUCUCGGACGUGCAUUCUGAGCAGUUUCAGGAAAACGAUACAGCGCUGCGCGGUGAGGCCGCAUCCAUCCGUGAUUUGGCAGCCAAGGUCCACCAGGGUGGUGGUCCUGAUAGUAUCAAGCGCCACAAGGACAAGGGCAAGCUCGUGGCCCGCGAGCGCAUUGCAGCCUUGCUGGAUGCCGGCUCACCCUUUUUGGAGAUUGGCCAGUUUGCUGCGCACAACGUCUACCAGGACCCCAAGGGUCAGCCCGAGAGUGUGCCAGCUGCCGGUGUUGUCGCUGGUAUUGGUCGCGUCGCUGGGCGUGAAUGCAUGAUCGUGGCCAACGAUGCCACUGUCAAGGGUGGAUCCUACUAUCCCUUGACGGUGAAGAAGCAUCUCCGUGCCCAGGAAAUUGCCAUGCAAAACCACUUGCCUUGCCUCUACCUUGUGGACAGCGGUGGUGCCAACCUGCCCCGACAGGAUGAGGUGUUCCCGGACCGCGAUCACUUUGGACGCAUCUUUUAUAACCAGGCCAACAUGAGCGCACAAAACAUUCCUCAGAUUGCGGCCGUGAUGGGCUCGUGCACUGCUGGUGGCGCCUACGUGCCCGCCAUGGCAGACGAGAGCAUUAUUGUCAAGGAGCAGGGCACCAUCUUCCUGGGUGGCCCACCUUUGGUCAAGGCCGCCACGGGCGAAGAGGUGUCGGCUGAAGACUUGGGCGGCGCCGACUUGCACACCCGUGUGUCGGGUGUGGCCGAUCAUUUUGCUGUCGAUGACAUUCAUGCGCUCAACAUCAUGCGCUCUUGCGUCAACCAACUGAACCGACCCAAGCCCGAGCAGCUGGAAAUGCGCGAGAGCGCCGAGCCGCUGUACGAUGCGCAGACGCUGUACGGUAUCGUGGGUACCAAUCUCAAGAAGACCUUUGAAGUGCGCGAUGUCAUUGCAUGCAUCGUCGAUGGCAGUCGCUUUUCCGAGUUUAAGGCCCGCUAUGGUACCACGUUGGUUUGCGGUUUCGCUCACAUUGAUGGCAUGCCGGUGGGCAUUGUGGCCAACAACGGCGUGCUCUUCUCCGAGUCGGCUCUCAAGGGUGCCCACUUUAUUCAGCUGUGCAAUCAGCGCAACAUUCCACUCAUUUUUUUGCAGAACAUCACUGGUUUUAUGGUGGGCAGCAAGUAUGAGAGUGAGGGCAUUGCCAAGAACGGCGCCAAGCUUGUCACGGCAGUGGCCUGCUCCAAGGUGCCCAAGUUGACCGUUGUGAUUGGCGGCAGCUUCGGGGCCGGCAAUUACGGCAUGUGUGGCCGUGCCUAUUCGCCUCGCUUCAUGUGGAUGUGGCCCAACGCCCGCAUCUCCGUCAUGGGCGGCGAGCAGGCGGCCAACGUCAUGGCCACCAUCAAGCAAUCGCAGCUUGAACGCAAGGGUGAAACGCUGAGUGAGGAGGAUGCACGCCAACUGAAGGCACCCAUUGAGAGCAAAUACGAGCAAGAAGGCCACCCGCUGUAUGCCAGUGCCAGGUUAUGGGACGAUGGUGUGAUUGACCCAGCUGACACGCGUCGCGUGCUGGCCCUGAGCCUCAGUGCCGCCCUCAAUGCGCCACCCGAGCCAACCAAAUUUGGCGUUUUCCGCAUGUAAACAGCUGCCUGUCUUUGCACGUGGCCGUGUGCAGACACCUCUGUGCGCAAGGCGCCCAGCUUUUGCGGUCCAUGGUCAUGUACGCUCUUUAAACCCCAAAGCUGGCAUACGACCGGCCUGUUCUUGUUGCCCUGUCUCGGUUCCUCCUCGGGCUGGUGCUUUGCCUUUAAAAGUGAAGGUUCCCCAAUACC